GUCGAUUCCCACGAGUAAAUUACAAAAACGCCAAAGAAGAAAGUUCCGGUCUUUGCAAUUAUCUCCUCUCUCUCUUUCUCGAAUUCUUAAUUUCUCCCCUCGGAAUCUCAGCUCCUCUUGCUAGCAGGCCCUCCCCUUUUGUACAGGGUGGAAAUCGAAGGGGUGCUGCUUUGCAGAUCUGAUCUAAAAUUCAUGCACUGAGAGAGCGAUUUUUCUAUAUUUAACUAGAUGGGUAUACUGUUCACAAAAAUGUUCUCUUCUCUGUUUGGAAACAAGGAGGCUCGGAUCCUUGUUCUCGGUCUUGACAAUGCCGGAAAAACCACCAUUCUCUAUCGGCUCCAGAUGGGUGAAGUUGUCUCCACAAUUCCAACAAUUGGAUUUAAUGUCGAAACAGUACAGUACAAUAACAUCAAAUUUCAAGUUUGGGAUUUAGGUGGACAGACAAGUAUCAGGCCAUAUUGGAGAUGCUACUUUCCAAAUACUCAAGCUAUAAUCUAUGUUGUUGAUUCAAGUGACACGGAUAGGCUGGUGAUAGCUAAAGAAGAAUUUCAUGCAAUCUUGGAGGAGGAUGAGCUAAGAGGAGCAGUAGUUCUAAUUUUUGCAAAUAAGCAGGAUCUUCCAGGUGCACUUGAUGAUGCUGCAGUGACAGAGGCUUUGGAGUUACACAAGAUAAAAAACCGACAAUGGGCUAUUUUUAAAACUUCGGCAACAAAAGGGGAAGGUCUUUUUGAAGGCAUGGACUGGUUGAGUAAUACACUUAAAUCUGGAAGUGGCUAACUCUUCGUGUGAAGAAUUAGAAGCUUGCUGCUAUGUCAUUAGGCUGGGGCGAGAAACGGGGAAUGGUGUUUGCUUACUAUGAUGAUCUGAUAGAAAUUUGAGCCAUAGGAACAAUUGUGUCAAUCGACCUACUGAAUUUUCUGCUUUUUAAUUUUUUGGGUUAACCUCAUGUAAAAUUUUUGUUAAAGAUUAACCAUUUUAUUCUUAAUAUUUUUUUUGUACAUUUUGUAGCUUCCUCUUCCCUACAGCAGAAACUACCUUAUCCGCAUUAGAACUCCCUUUUUUGUUCUAUGUUAAUUUCUCAUUUAGUUUCAUUAGCUUAAGUCUGCUUCAAGUUUUUCUUGUGUUUAUUGUUCCUGUGUUUUGAGCCAUUAGUUAGACUCUAAACCAAGCACCUAUGACCUUGUAUGUUUAGUUUAGAGGUGGCAAUUAGACAUAUCAGAUUAGAUUCUGGGCUGGAUUGGGCUGCUCUAGGUUUUGAAAGUUUCGGACUUGGAUUAGGUCAUUUUAGAUUUAAGCAGUGCAGGUUUAGAUAAUUUUGGGUUUAUGGUUUUUUUAAUGUAUACCUUUUAAUCGAUAUAAUAAUUUAGAUAUUAACAAGCAUAUUACUUCAUGUGUUAGGGCGGAAAUAUAAUAUUUAUUGUCUUUUUUGUACUAUUGGAUCAACGUUAUCUCCUAGUUUUCCAAGUUUUCCUUCAAAAUAAUUUUCUUUCAUUAUUUUCAUAUAUUCAAGAUUUAAUUUAGAAAUGCUCUCAACAAGGAUCAAUCUUUGGUUAAUAAACAAAUGGGGUUCCGGAAUUUUAAUGAUGAGUGAUAGAUUUUUUUUCAAUUCUCAAAAUUAUCCUAUUGGUUUAUUGUACGAAAAUUAUACCAUUAAAAUUUGUUUUUGGAUUUUGGCUAUAAUUAAAUUUAAAAGUCUAUUAACAAACUUAAUAGUAGUUAUUAUAUAAUUCCAACAAAAAAAUAAAUUGAUAAUAGCAUUUUCAAAUUUCCGACUUUUUAACUAUUAGUUAACAAAUUGUACUCACUAAGGUAUUACUUCAGCUCACUUUAUAAAUAAUUAAAAAUGGUUAAAUAUUUAUAAAUUAAUUGGUCAUCGUAAUUUGUCAUUCACAUAUUGAAAAUUAUUAGACUUGCCAAAAUUUUGAUAGUGUUA